UUUGUAACAGACUUUUCAAGCUUAGUCAGCUUGACGUGUAACGGGCCUGGCUGAAAUCAACUUUGAUUCAAAACAAUGACAUAAACAACAACACUCCACACGUUCUAUGAUUUAGAACCUAAACAAUUUGUAUCUAAUAUACAUAAUAUGAUGAGAAGUUUACAACUAAGAUUAUCUUCAAUGGAAUAUUCUUUUUUUUUCAAAUAAAAAUAACUCUAUAAUGUAAUUGAGUUCUAAUAAUACUCUAUUUAAGAGUAACUAUGUUUGUUAUAGAAUAAAAAUGGAAUAGUAUUGAAACAUUUUUACUUAAAAUUCUAUUUUAAAAUAAUAAAAAGUGAAAAUAAAGAUGAUCUAAGCACGGUUAAUGUUUGUAACCACAUCUGUUAGAUCCGUUGAUUAUAAUAUUUGAAUUACAGAACAUCUAAAAUGACUUACAUAUAUUUUGGAUAUAAUUCAACAUAAAUUUUGUCUCAUAAUCUUUACCAAGUUUUUGAAAACCAGCAAAAAAUCCCAAUGCUUGAUGUCCAGAUUUACCCCAAUGUAUUAGUACAAUUUAUUUUACAAAAAAAAUAUUUGCUAUUUUAUAGUAAUCAUUUUGUAUGAAUUUUUAUAAUUAUUGCAUCCAAUCAUUGAGAGAGCCAAAUACUCUGUCAACUCAUUUGUUUCCUCUAUAAUUUAUUUAAGAAAAUGUUAACCAGAUGAUUCACUUUUCUCUAUGUUAAUCAAAGUUUACCAUUUCAAUUGUAAACGGUAAAUAAACGCAAGUAAAAAUCGGAGAGAGUGGCGAAAAAGAGGAGUAAGAAAAAGAAAAGUCGCUGCUUGACUUUGUAAACCCUAAACACAUUUCUCCGGCCUUCCGUUCACACUUCACACCCACCCAAAAAAAAACGAAACUGGAAAUAAAAGUAAUUUUAAAAAGGUGAAAAAUAAACAAAACACGAGGAAACAAACGUCUUUUUACUCUUCUUCAUUACCGGGAUGGUCUCUCUUCUUCUCAACAAGACCCCUUGAUGAGCCUUAAGCUUCUUUCGAUUCAUCAGAUCGUCUCCUCUCCUCCGAAUCUCUCACCAUCAACAAACCCUCUAUUUAUCUUCCUCCAAAUCACCAACCGCCUCCUCCUCUCUCCGUCUUCUUCAUCACCUCUGUUUCGUCCGAUUGUACUCUGGCCUGUUCUCGUCAAAUAGAGAGUGCAGAUUCAGUCUGAUUCGGAUUUGAAGAGACCAAGGUGGUGGUCGUCGUCGUCGUGGUUUUCGUCUACAUGCAGUUUUGGGGAUAGUGUACGUGCGAGAGAUUAAUCCAACCAACACUCUCUUGGUCUCGAUGGAAGGAGAGUUGAUGGGUAAGGUGAAGAGGGAGAAGGUGGUGGCAUGCAUGACUUGUUCUCUCUGCGACAACCUCCUCCGUGACGCCACCACUAUCUCCGAGUGCCUUCACACCUUUUGUAGAAAAUGCAUAUAUGAGAAAAUCACAGAGGAUGAGAUAGAGUGCUGUCCGGUAUGUGAUAUUGACCUCGGGGGUACCCCGCUGGAGAAACUAAGGCCCGACCACAUUUUGCAAGACCUGAGAGCUAAAAUAUUUCCUCUAAAACGAAAAAGAGACAAGGAUCUUGAAAUCACAUUACCUGCAAGGAGGAAAGAAAGGUCUAUCUCGUCUUUGGUGGUGAACACACCUAGGCUUUCAGCACAAACUGGCACAACAGGAAAAAGAACAGCAAAGUCUCUCAUGAGAAAAGAUGCAAGGGGUAGUAGUGGUUCAUUCACUAAGAGAGGUGUGAAGAAGGAAGAAGAUCAUCAUACAGAGAGCGGAAGCUCCCCUGAAACACUUAAAAAGUUCACUCAGAAGAAAAGGCAGUCUUCAUAUGCAGAGGCUAAUCAGUCCGUAUCUAAUCGAAGAAACAAGGAUGUUGCUGAACCUUGGGAUUCGUUACAUCUUAUAAAUUUUCUUGUGGAUGUGGCAAACGGCACAAAGCCUUCUUCUAGUUCUCAAGGGUUGGACCCAAAGUCUGAGCAUGGAAACGCAUCUCACAUUGAUGUUCAGGGGAACAAAACCAAAACAAAGGAUCAUAAACGAAAGUGGAAGCUUGAGGAAGAGAACACCACUAAUGGUGAUCCUACAACAACGGAGACUGCUACGGUUAAAAGAACACGAAGGACUCGCCGUAAAAGGUCAUCCGCUUUUGGUGAUCCAAGAACUCCACCACUACCAGAUGCAGAGAGUCUGAAACAGGAGAGGAGAAAUGGUCCGGUUUGGUUCUCACUUGUGGCUUCAAAUAAUCAGGAAGGAGAAACAUCACUGCCUCAGAUUCCAGCAAACUACUUGAGAAUAAGGGAUGGAAACAUUCCAGUUUCUUUUAUCCAAAAGUACCUCAUGAGGAAGCUUGAUCUCAAGAGUGAAACUGAGGUAGAGAUAAGAUGUAUGGGAGAACCGGUGAUCCCAACGUUGCAGCUUCACAGCUUAGUGGAGCUAUGGUUGCAAACAACAACUUCUAAACAUGAAAGAGUCACUGCAUCGAUAGGUUCCUCUGCAAAGGAGUUUGUAAUGGUGCUAGUUUAUGCUCGGAAGCUCCCUGAAUGCAACAACUAAAAAGAACUGUUCAAGACUCUUAUGCAGAAGAAAACAAGAUUAGUCACCUUCUUAAUUGAUUCAGUUCAAGACCGAGAGAGGAAGAAGUUAAGUGCAGGAGCAGUCGAAUGUGUUGUCUAGUUUAGUAAUAAAAUUAUAAGUUUUUUUUCUUUUUCCUUUGUAAUCUUAAAAUGAAUGAUUGGUGAGACAGACUUUGUUUGUCUAAGAAUAUUCAAAUAGUGUUACAAAGGAGAUUGUGUCCUUUUUGGACGUUUGAAUGUAUUGAUUAGAUAGGAGGAUAAUGUUAGUUGUCAUUUCUAUGAAUAUUUGUUUCAAUUAUUGUGAACCGAGUGACUUAUAACAA